AUGUUCAAAGCCAAGCCUGAAUUGCAAGCAAGUGUCGAGAAUUGUACCCGGCUGCAAUUCUUGCAAAAUGGCCCGGCUGUGGUGAGAGUGAACAUGUUCAUCAGAAGUAUUAGCAAGAUCGACGACGUGAAAAUGGAAUACAGCGUACAAAUGACAUUGAGGGAGCAGUGGAAGGACGAACGGAUGCAGUUCGAGGACAAGGAAGGUCAAAUCCGGUACCUCACGCUCACAGAUCCAGAUAAAAUCUGGAAACCAGAUCUUUUCUUCUCCAACGAGAAGGAAGGUCAUUUCCACAACAUCAUCAUGCCCAAUGUCCUACUGAGAAUCUACCCUAACGGAGACGUCCUAUAUAGCAUCAGGAUAUCUCUGGUUUUGUCCUGUCCCAUGGAUUUAAAGUAUUAUCCUUUAGAUAAGCAAACAUGUUCCAUAACUAUGGUCAGUUAUGGCUACACCACAGAAGACUUAGUCUUCCUGUGGAAAAAGGAUGAGCCUGUCCAGCUAGUCAAGACUCUCCAUUUGCCAAGAUUUACACUUGAAGCCUUUCUCACCGAUUAUUGUACCAGUAGAACGAACACAGGCGAAUACAGUUGCCUAAAAGUGGACUUACUCUUCAAGCGGGAAUUCAGCUACUACCUAAUUCAGAUCUACAUCCCCUGCUGCAUGCUGGUCAUCGUCAGUUGGGUUAGCUUCUGGCUGGACCCCAAUGCCAUACCUGCCAGAGUGUCACUAGGAGUGACUACUCUUCUCACCAUGGCAACCCAGAUAUCCGGCAUCAAUGCUUCCCUACCACCAGUCUCCUACACUAAAGCCAUCGAUGUUUGGACUGGAGUCUGCCUAACUUUCGUAUUCGGGGCGUUGCUCGAGUUUGCCUUAGUAAACUACGCGUCUCGAAAUGAGGACCACAAGAAGCAGGCCAGGCAGCGGAAAUGGGACCUGGAAAGGGCAGCUGCUCUCGAAGCAGCAGCAGAAGACGGUCCUGGGUCUUUUGGCCUGGGCCAAAGUUCCACUCAAGUCAAAGCAGUAUACAAGUCAAGGUACCAGUACAAAACAAGUUCAUUCACUGGUCAACCUGAGAUGGACAACGAGAAGACCCUCGUCCAGCCAGCUGACCUCCACGCUGCCGCCAAAUUCCGCGACUGCGAAGUGCACAUGGGAGGGAUGAUGGAGGGCAGCAAGCGACAGCCUGGAUUGUUCCUCUGUGGUACUUGGUGGUUCCAGCGCCGCUUCCCAACGCGCUCGAAGAGGAUCGACGUCAUCUCCCGCAUCUUCUUCCCGCUGGCGUUCGCCCUCUUCAACCUCGUCUACUGGACAACCUACCUGCUCAGAGACGACAAAGACGAAUACUGA